AGCAAACCACCGGAACCGGAAAUCAGGUGAGAGUGUCCCGUCGUAAUAAUACCGUUAGUAUCAACGUCCAGAAGCACAUCGUUCGGACAACCGCAUUAAUAAGCAGCUGCCGCGCACAAGCCUGAACGAAAAUCAUGAUUCCCACCUCGGCUUUGCUGAAAACGACCCGAUCCGUCAACGGCAUUAGGAUCUUACAUACGACCCUGGCUGUCAACAUGCCAAUUAAGGUAGGCCAGAGACUUCCUGCCGUAGAGGUUCAGGAGGAUGAUCCUGGCAAGAAGGUGGCCAUGGAUAAGCUCUUCAAGGGCAAGAAGGGUGUUCUCUUCGCAGUUCCUGGAGCUUUUACCCCCGGCUGCUCCAAGACCCACCUCCCUGGCUUCGUGCAGCAGGCCGAGCAGCUAAGAAGCAAAGGGGUGCAGGAGCUGGCCUGCAUUUCCGUCAACGACGCCUUCGUGAUGUCUGCCUGGGGGAAGGAGCAUGCUGCCGGGGGAAAGGUGCGAAUGCUGGCUGACCCCACUGGAGCGUUUGCCAAGGCGGUGGACCUGUUGCUGGACAGCGAUCAGAUCGUCCAGGUGCUUGGCAACAAGAGGUCGAAGAGAUAUGUCAUGCUAGUGGAAGACGGCGUGGUGAAGAAGAUCCACGUGGAGCCGGACGGAACGGGCCUGACCUGUACCUUGGCUACCAACGUGCUGUCUGACUUGGCCUAGUGGCGUGUGGUCUGCGUAACAGCGCCCCACACAGGCCUGAGGUGCAUCUCCAUAUCCUAGAAUGUACCUUAUUACAUUUUAGCGGUUUGGGAAAAGGCACCUUUAUCUUAUUGGUCAGUUGAGACGAUGAAGCCAGCUCUUCCAUUAGGGCGACUUAACGUACAUCAACCUCCUGCCUCCUGAGUGCACUUAUUCAUUGAAUUGCUUUGCACCUUGACAUUGUAAUAUAGUGGGAAAAAUAUGUAAACACGCACAAUAUCGCCUCAGUCGUGAAAGGGGGGUGUAAAAAUGAAUACCGAUCUUUAUUAAAGUGCUACCUUAAA